AAUGGAGACGGAACAUGUUGGAAAACUGAGUAUUGUGGAGGGCGAGGAACAUGAUGAUCUCUGUACUACACUUGUUCUACACGGAGAGGACCACACUAUGGGUAACGUAGUGCGGCACAUGCUGAUAAAAAACCCAGCUGUAGAGUUUGCAGGGUACAGUGUACCGCACCCCUCCGAGAACAAGAUCAACCUCCGGAUCCAAACCUACAACACCCCCUGUUUAUCAGCGCUGUACACGGCCCUGGAUGAUAUCACUGACGUAUGUGAUCACGUGCUGGAGACGAUUGAUAAGGCCGAGGAGAAGUUCCAGGGAUAGUGUGCAGACAAUGAUGUAUUUUUUAACUUUAUUGUGAUCUGUUUUUAAGAGGGAAUAAGUUUUAUCUAUUGGAUUUGCUGACAUUUUAUAUUUUAAUUAUUUGACGAA